AUGAACUUCUCCUACUCUCCUCUCCUGCGGAACUUCACGAAAGCCACCAACAUCCGACUGCGCUUCCUGCAGACAAACACUCUGCUCGGGCACCUGAUGGGCAAAGCUUUAAGGGACCCUACGGUGACAAGGAGGUACUACUACAGUAUCAAAGAUAUCAGCAUUGGAGGGCGCUGUGUCUGCCAUGGCCAUGCAGAUGUCUGUGAUGCCAAAGACCCUAAUGACCCGUACAGGCUGCAGUGCGACUGCCAGCACAACACCUGCGGCGGGUCCUGCGAUCGCUGCUGCCCCGGCUUCAACCAGUUCCCCUGGAAGCCCGCCACUGCCGACAGCGCAAACGAAUGCCAGCCUUGCAAUUGCAACGGCCAUGCCUACGACUGCUACUACGACCCCGAGGUGGAUCGCCACAAAGCUAGCAAAAGUCGCCAAGAGAAGUUUGAAGGGGGAGGUGUCUGCAUUGACUGCCAGCAUCACACCACCGGCAUUAACUGCGAGAGGUGCAUCCCAGGAUACUACCGGUCCCCUGACCACCCAAUCGACUCUCCGUACAUUUGCUAUCGCUGCAACUGUGAGUCUGACUUCACCGAUGGCACCUGCGAGGACCUCACCGGCCGCUGUUACUGCAAGCCCAAUUACACCGGGGAGCACUGCGAUGCCUGCGCCGAGGGAUACCUCAACUUCCCCCACUGCUACCCUGUUCCAGCUUUUGCUCACAACGAUACUGGAGAACAAGUGCUCCCUGCGGGACAGAUAAUAAACUGCGAUUGCUACGCCGGUGGGACAGAAGGCAACGCCUGUCGCAAAGACCCUCGGGUGGGGAUGUGCGUGUGCAAACCCAACUUCCAGGGAACACACUGUGACCAGUGCGCCCCAGGCCACUACGGACCCAGCUGCCAGCCCUGCCAGUGCUCCGGCCCCGGUCAGUACGAUGGCACCUGUGACAGCGAGACGGGGCAGUGUCUGUGUCGAACGGGAUUUGAAGGGCACUUGUGUGACCAGUGCGCCCCCGGCUACUUCAACUACCCUCUGUGCCAGCUAUGCGGCUGCAGCGCGGUCGGGACGCUGCCGGGAGGCUGCGACUCCCUCGGGAGGUGUUUCUGCAGACCCGAGUUUGCCGGGCCGAGGUGCGAGCAGUGCAGUCCCGGGCACCACUCCUACCCCCACUGCUACGCUUGCUCCUGCGAUUCCCGAGGUGCGGUGGACAACAACUGCAGCCCCGCUGGCCAGUGCCGAUGCCACGUGAAUUUUGCGGGACAGACCUGCAACCAGUGUGCCCUGGGCUUCUAUGGGUACCCCAGCUGCACGCCUUGCCAGUGCUCCCGGGAGGGCUCUCUGCACAGCACCUGCGACCAGGAGACGGGGCAGUGCGGCUGCCGCCCCAAAGUGACGGGACUGCGCUGCGAUAGCUGCGUGCCGGGCGCCUAUGGGUUUCCGCACUGUGAAGUGGGCUCCUGUAACCCGGCAGGGUUGGUGACUGCAGAUCCCUUGCUGGCCCCGGGCUCCUGCGCGUGUCGGGCGUACGUUGAAGGCCCAGCUUGCGACAGAUGCAAACCCUUAUACUGGAACCUGACUCCAGAGAACCCCUACGGCUGCACAAGCUGCAAGUGUGAUACCAAGGGCACCAUCAGCGGAAUCGCGGAGUGCCAGCAGGGCGACGGGCAGUGUUUCUGCAAACCGAACGUCUGCGGCCAGUUCUGCUCAGCGUGCAAAGACGGCUACUUCAAUAUGGAGAACGCAAAUUACUUUGGCUGCCAAGUGACCAGGAGCUGCGGAGCUUGUCGCUGCCGGCAGAGCACACGCGGCCCCACCUGCACCCAACCCGCGCGGGACCAUUAUUUCCCUGACCUUCACCACUUGAAGUUUGAGCUGGAGGAAGGCACCACGCCGGCCGGCCGGGCUGUGCGUUUCGGCUACAACCCCCUGGAGUUUGAGGGCUUCAGCUGGCGAGGAUACGCACAGAUGUCCUCCAUCCAGAAUAAAAUCAGAGUCACUGUAGACGUGAAGGAGGCAGAGCUCUAUCUGUUCCAUGUCAUCCUGAGGUAUAUUAAUUCAGGAGGGGCCACUGUGUAUGGCAAAAUUACAGCUUAUCAGCCACGAAGGAGAGGUACAGAGCAGACCAAGCAGAUUGUCUUUGCUCCCAGCACGGAGCCGGCCUUUGUCACCGUCCCCCAGAACAGCUUUGGGGAGCCCUUCGUACUCAACCCCAACACUUGGUCUCUGGUUGUUGAAGCAGAGGGUGUGCUGCUGGACUAUCUGGUUUUGCUACCCAGCUCAUACUAUGAAGCUCCGAUACUGCAGCUAAAGGUCACGGAGCCAUGUACCUACCAGCCAGCCCCUGAACAAGCCACCCAGAACUGCCUCUUGUACAAGUACCUGUCUGUGGAUGGCUUCCCUGCUGUGUCAGGGCUGGACGCGGUGUGCAGGCUGGACAACCGCUUACCCAGAGUGUGUCCCACCGAGCAGCUCACCCCCUCCCAUCCUCGGAUGGCGACGUGCAGCGGCAGUGAUGUGGAAGUCCAGCUGGCCCUGCCUGUUGCCCAGCCUGGGAAAUACGUGCUGGUGGUGGAGUACGCCAACACCAACGCUUUGCAGACAGUGGGUGUUGCUGUGAGCUCGCCGCACUUAGCCAUGCAGCAGGGCACGUUCAUCUUCUACCCGUGUGUCUACAGUUUCCUUUGUCGAGGGAUUGCUGUAGAUUCCCAGAGCCGCAUGGCAACUUUUGAACUGACAUCAGAGGCCACCAUUCAGUUCACCUCUGAUCUGGCCGACUUCUUCCUGCACAAAGUGUACCUCAUACCCGCUGCACAGUUCACCAUGGAGUUCAUCGAGCCGAAGGUGCAUUGCAUCAGCGUCCACGGCACGUUCUCAUCCAACAGCAGCUCCUGUGUUCCCUCGAGGUUCCUGAAGCUUUCUCAGUCGAUCGUUUUGGAGGGGGGUCAGGCUCUGCCCAUCUCCCCCGAUGUCCCCCUGGCUCAGGCUGUUCACGUGGCUCCGGUCGGGGUCCCGCUGGAGCCUGCACCUCGGCCUCCCACGGCGGUGGACCCCGCUGCGGAGCUCAUCCUCCUGCAGCCACCCCAGGCUGCUGUUGUGUUUAACAGUCGGAUCCAGACCCUGGGACGUUACGCGUUCAUCCUCCACUACUACCAGCCCAACCAUCCCACCUUCCCCGUGGAAGUGUUAAUCAACGGAGGGCGCAUCUGGCAAGGUCAGACCACUGCUACUUUCUGCCCACAUGGCUACGGGUGCCGGAGCCUGGUAGCGUCCGAGGACCAGAUCGUCCUGGAUGUUACCGAUAAUGAUCUGACUGUGGUUGUUCGAGUGCCAGAGGGCAAGCAGCUGUGGCUGGAUUACAUCCUUGUGGUGCCCGAGGACAGCUACAGCUCUCAGUACCUGCAGGAGGAACCCCUGGACAAGUCCUAUGAUUUCAUCAGCAGCUGUGGCAUCAACAGCUUCUACAUCAACCCCAGCACAUCGUCGAGGUUCUGCCGCGACUCUGCCAUCUCGCUCUCCCUCUUCUACAACAACGGGGCGCAGCCCUGCCGGUGCCACGAGGCCGGGGCGCGGGGCAGCCAGUGCGAGCCCUUCGGCGGGCAGUGUCCCUGCAAGUCCAACGUCAUCGGGCGAGAGUGCUCCCGCUGUGCCACCGGCUACUGGGGCUUCCCCAACUGCAGGCCCUGCGACUGCGGGACGCGUCUCUGUGACGAGGUGACGGGGCAGUGCAUCUGCCCUCCGCACACCCUGAAGCCAGAGUGUGUUGUCUGCGAGCCCCAGACCUUCGGCUGCCACCCCCUCAUCGGCUGCGAGGACUGCAAUUGCUCUCGGCCCGGCGUGCAGGAGCUGACGGAGCCCGGCUGCGAUGUGGACAGCGGGCAGUGCAGGUGCAAGCCCAAUAUCAUCGGGCGACAGUGUGACCUCUGUGCCCCCGGCUACUACCGCUACCCCGACUGCCGGCGGUGCGACUGCCACCAGGCGGGCACCGAAGCGAGCGUGUGCGACCCGGUCACGGGGCAGUGCCACUGCAAGGAAAAUGUGGAGGGCCCGAGGUGUGACCAGUGCCGCCUGGGGACGUUUUCUUUGGAUGCCAGCAACCCCAAGGGCUGCACCAAGUGUUUCUGCUUCGGUGCGACCGACCGCUGCCGCAGUGCUGAGAAGCACCGGGUUGAGUUUGUCGACAUGAACGGGUGGCUCUUGUCGAGCAGCGAUCGCCAGGAAGUGCCGACAACCCUGAGCCUGCGGGAGCAGCUCGUCCGCGCUGAUCUCAAGAACCUCCCAGAUGCCUACCAGGAGCUCUACUGGGUUGCACCCAGCUCGUACCUUGGGGACCAGGUCUCCUCCUACGGUGGGCACCUGCGCUAUGAGCUGCACUCCGACCCACGGAGGGGUGACGUCUUCAUUCCCAUGGAGUCCCGCCCGGACGUGAUCCUGAAGGGAAAUCAGAUGAGCAUCAUGUUUCUGGAAGGCACCUACCCGUCCCCGGGGGAGGUACAUCACGGCCGGCUGCAGCUGGUGGAGAGUAAUUUCAGGCACACGGAGACGCACAACCCUGUGUCUAGAGAGGAGCUCAUGAUGGUGCUGGCGAACCUGGAACAGCUGCAGAUCCGGGCGCUCUUCUCCCAGCUCUCUUCAUCCGUGUCCCUGCGCCGCGUGGUCCUGGAGAUGGCAACAGAUACAGCUACGGGCAUCCGCGCCAGCAACGUGGAGCUGUGCUUUUGCCCAGCUAACUACCAGGGGGACUCCUGCCAGGAAUGUGCUCCAGGUUACUACAGGGACACCAAAGGGCUCUUUCUGGGAAAAUGCAUCCCAUGUCAUUGCAACGGCCACUCAGAUCAGUGCCUGCCAGGCUCUGGGAUAUGCCUUAACUGCCAGCACAACACGGAGGGAGACCACUGCGAGCGAUGCAAGGACGGCUACGUGGGCAGCCACGCUGCCGAAGAGCCCCUGCAGUGUGUUGGAUGUCCGUGCCCUCUUUCGGUCGCCUCCAACAAUUUUGCCGUCGGUUGUGUCCAUAAGGGCUCCAACAUGCAGUGCCUCUGCAAGCCCGGCUACGCUGGACCCAACUGUGAGCGCUGCGCCCCGGGAUACUACGGCAAUCCCCUGGUGAUCGGCAGCUCGUGCCAACCCUGCGACUGCAGCGGGAACACGGAUCCCAACAUGCUGUUCAGCAGCUGCGACUCCCUGACGGGCGCCUGCACGGGGUGCAUGCACCACACGGCCGGCGCGCGGUGCGAGCUCUGCGCCCCCGGCUACUACGGGGACGCGGUGGCAGCCAAGAACUGCACACAGUGCAACUGUUCGCCUUGCGGGACUGACUCGUGCCAUCCACGAACUGGCCAAUGCUUCUGCAAGACUGGAGUGACAGGCCAGCGCUGUGACCGCUGCGAGGAGGGAUACUAUGGCUUCGAGGGCUGCUCCGGCUGCCGGAGGUGUGACUGCGACGUCGGCGCUGUGGGCAGCAGUUGCGACGCGCAGAGCGGCCAGUGCAGCUGCCUGCCCGGCGUCAGCGGCUCGCGCUGCCAGCAGUGCGCCCCGGGCUACUGGGGCUUCAGCGAGAGCGGCUGUACAAGGUGCGAGUGCAGGGGCGGCUCCUGCGACCCGCGCACCGGGGAGUGCACUUGCUCCAACGGGCUGACGGGGAAGCAGUGCGACGUCUGCAUGCACGAGUAUGAGAUCCCCGUGGCAAACGGCCCGGACAGCAUGAGGUGUGAAGUGUGCGACAGCUGUGUCCUGCUGCUGCUGGAGGAUCUGCAGAGCAUCGAGGCGUCCUUCCCCUCCAUCCGCAGUCAGUUGGUCAACCUCAACGCCAGCUCCAUCGCCUGGGCUCGCCUCCACGGUCUCAACAGCACUAUGGUGACUGUCGCUACCCAGCUCCGUGAGUCCCAGCGAGCCGUGAACAAGGUCAGGCAAAGGGCUGACGAGCUGGAGGAUGAGAACGUGGACCUCACGCAGGACCUGAACGCGCUGCAGCACAAAAUGACAAUGACUCACAGAGAAGCAAACCGGAUCGAGCAGCACACGAGAGAGACUUACCAGAGGGGGGAGCAGCUCCUGCUAAAUAUCCAAAGCAUUCAGAAAGGCAUUGCAGACUUGCUGCGGCAGAUGGCCAGGUUUGGGGCAGCAAACGCCAGCGCCACCUCCACCGAGGAGUUUCGGCAGAAGAUGGCCGAGGUGGAAAGAAUGCUGAGGGAGAUGAAGGAGCGGAGUCUGGGCAGGCAGGAGGAGCUGGCGAGGCGCGAGCACGAGGAGGCUCAGAAGUUGCUGCAUCGGGUGAAGAGCGAGCUGCAUGCCCGCUGGCAGUCCAACCAGGACCUGGUGAGCAGCAUCCGGGACCGGCUGGCGCAGCACAGCUCCCAGCUGAUGGACCUCCGCGAUGCCCUCAACGAGGCCGUGAACAAAACCAGGCAGACGGAGGACUUGAACAGCCUGAACCGCAACAACCUGGAGGAGAGUCAGCAAAAGAGCCGUGAGCUCCAAAAGCAGCAUGCGCUGGUGCAGGAGACCCUGAGGAUGGCCAAAGACUCCCUGGCCCAAGUCUCCGACUUCCUGCAGAAGAUGGAGAGUGCAAAGGAGGCGUACGAGAAGCUGGCAGCGCUGCUGGAUGGGGCGAAGCUGCCCCUGACUGAGCGGGUCAAGAAGUUCUCCCCAGCCAGCAGCAAGAUCCCCAUCGUGGAGCAGGCGGAGGAGCACGCCCGGCUCCUGGAUGAGCUCGCAAGGAACCUGUCCAGCAUUAUCCAGGGCACAAACCAGGACGGCUUUAUCCAGCGGGCGAUCGAUGCCUCCAAUGCCUACGCCAGCAUCAUUGAAGCCGUGAAAAAAGCCGAGCGAGCAGCCCACGAUGCUGAUGAGGAGGCCGGCGAGGCUUUGAUGAGUGUCAUAUCAGAAAAUCUCGGUGCCAUCUCUAAAGAGCUGAAGAGGAACAGCAGUAACCUGGAGGAGGCUGUGAGGAGAGAGCAGAGAAAACUCAACGGGGCUAUUAAAGGCAGUCUGCAGACAGCAAAGGACAAGCUGGCUGACCUCCGUGUGAAGAAGGAGCAGCUCCUGAGCCAGCUCCAGUCUGUGCAGGACAUGCUGGGCAGGGACCAAGAGGACACGAAAGAGAUGAUCCAGAAUGCCAAAGCGGCAGCUGCUGAGGCCAACGAAACAGCUGCGAGAGUGGAAGAUACCCUGAGCUCCAUGAAGAAGAAUCUGGAUGAGUGGAAAGACCAGUACGGAGACCUUCGAAAUGAAGACCUGAACCAGGCAGUGCAGGACGCCAGGAAAUCUGUGUCCAGCCUGGAAAGCACCAUCCCGCUGCUGCUGGAGAAGCUGAGCAGCCUGGAGAACAGGAGGAACAAGAACGCCACCGUGUCGGAGAACAUCGUGCGGAUCCGGCAGCUCAUCACACAGGCGAGGAACGCCGCCAGCAAGGUGAAAGUCCCCAUGAAGUUCAACGGCAGCUCGGGUGUGCAGGUCCGGAUGCCCAGCAACCUUCAGGAUUUGGCAGCUUAUACGUCCCUCAAAUUCUACAUCCAAAACCCCGAGCCCAGGAGCCGGCAGCGACGGCAGGACGGGACAGAGGAAGGGCGGUUCGUGUUGUACCUGGGCAGCCGGGAGGCCACCGGAGACUACCUGGGCAUCGUGCUCAAGGACCGCAGAGUGCAUUGGGUCUACAAACUGGGCGAUGAGGAGCCAGCCUCCCUGACCGUCGACGAGGAUAUUGGAGAGCAGUUUGCCACCAUCAGCAUCAACAGGAUCCUGCAGUAUGGGCACAUGUCGGUGAUCGUGGAGAGGCAGACGGUGCACGAGACCAAGGGAGACAGCGUGGCCAAGGGGGAGCAGGGGCUGCUCAACCUCGACCCGCGCAACGUGGUCUUCUACGUGGGUGGCUACCCUUCCAGCUUCACGCCUCCUCCCACUUUGCGCUAUCCCAAUUACCGUGGGUGCCUGGAGCUGGACACCCUGAACGAGGAGGUGGUGAGCCUCUACAACUUCCAACGCACCUUCCAGCUGGAUACCACUGCCGAGAAGCCCUGCGCAAGGUCCAAGUCCACAGGAGACCCCUGGUUGACUGACGGCUCCUACUUUGAUGGCACUGGUUACGCAGAGAUCAAGUUUGAGAGCCAGUUUGGCACAACCAAGCGCUUCGAGCAGGAGAUCCGGGUGGUAUCCUACAACGGCAUCCUCUUCUUUCUGGAGAACCAGGGCCAGUUCCUGUGCCUGGCCAUCCGGGAUGGGAAGCUGGUGCUUUACUAUGACUUCAGCACCGGCCUGGAGAUGGCAAAACCCAGCAGCAACUCCUCCUCCCUCACCAUCAGCAGCACCACAAACAAAGCGAUCCAGAUUUUCCUCCUCAAAAUGAAUAACAAGAAGCGCAUCCUGGUGCGGCUGGAGCGCCUCACCAUCUUCAUGGUGGAGCAGGAGAACUCCCUGGAGAACGCUGUCUCCUACUACCUGGGUGGCGUGCCCCCAGCUGUGCUGCCCCCCAGCUUGAAAGCCCUCUUCCCCACGGGUGGGCCCAUCCGUGGCUGCAUGAAGGGCUUGAAGGCUCUUGGCAAAUAUGUUGACCUGAAGCGCAUGAGCACCGUUGGCGUGAGCUACGGGUGCACCUCGGACCUUCUGGUGGCUCGCUCGGUCAGUGUCCACGGCCACGGCUACCUGACCCUGGCCCUGAAGGACGUGCCGGGGCUGCGGGACUUCUACAGCGGCUUCAGCUUCCGGACCAGCCAGCGCGAGGGGCUGCUCUACCACCACACCACCCAGGAGGGGACGUGCCGGGUGUCCCUCCAGAGGGGCCAGCUGGCCUUGAACCUGCUGGAAACCGAAGUCACCACUGAAAACGCCUACGCGGAUGACAGGACCCACUACGUGGCCUUCUACAGCGAUGCCCGUGGGGUCCGGCUGUACGUGGACGAUGAGCUGCAGGACACUGCGGCAGGCGCUGGGCCCGGCCGGCGGCGGCGGCGGCAGGAUGGGCGGCUGCUCUUCCAGCUCGGGGGUUCACCAGAGCCAGGUGCCCUCAGCAACCUCACCGGCUGCAUUGGGAACGUCUUCGUCAAGCGGAUGUCAGAGCCACAGAUGGUGGUGGACCUGCAGCAGAACGUGGAGAGCGUCAACGUCACCAUGAGCUGUCCCUGGGGUGAGCGGCCGCAGCAGCUCAGAGCCACUUCGAAGAAGGACAGGCGGAAACCCAAGGUGCCAGGCACGCCUGCCUCGAAGGACCGCCGCCACGAUCGGGCUGGGCUCUGCCGGCUGCGCCCACAGCCCCGCGCAGCCACGGGCGCCUUCCGCUUCGGGGCUGCCCCGGGCAGUCGCUGGGAGUUCGAGGAGAUCCCGGCCUCCUUUGGCCAGAGGUCCCAUUUCUCCCUGGAGGUGAAGCUGAACUCCUCCAGCGGGCUGCUCUUCUACGUGGCGGGCGAGCGGGGCGCCUUCAUGGCUCUCUUCGUUUCCAACGGGCGCUUUGUCUUCCUGCUGGACGUCGGCGGGCGCCGGCUGCGCAUCCGCAGCAAAGACAAGUACCGCGACCGGCGGUGGCACACGGUCUUCUUCAGCAGAGACCAGAGCCGAGCCCAGCUGGUCAUAGACGGGCUGCGAGCCCAGGGUGCUGCAGUGGCCACCGCAGGGCUCUUUGUGGCCCGGACCCCCUUGUAUGUGGGGGGGAUCCCGGCUGGAAAAGCCAAGGCGCACAUUCCGGUUGCGUCAGCCUCCAGCUUCGACGGCUGCCUGCGCAACCCACAGCUGGACGGGAGGCCCCUGGGCGCCCCCUCACGCACCUUCGGGGUGAUGCCGUGCUACGAGGGCGCACUGGAGAGUGGCGUCUUCUUCGCUGCAGAUGGUGGAUCCAUCAUCCUCGCUGACGCGGUCGUGACUGAGCAGGACUUGGAGGUGACACUGGAGGUCCGUCCCCGCAGUGCUUCUGGCCUCAUCUUCCACGUCGGCACAAGGAGAAGCCACCAUCUUCUCCUGUACAUGGAAGAGGCGAAGGUCACCGUGAGAGCGAACAUUGGGGCUGACGAGUUCUCCGCGUCGGUGACGUGCCCGUCUCUCUGCGACGGGCAGUGGCACACCAUCGCAGUUACCAAAUGGAAAAACAUAAUCCAGGUUGACGUGGACACAGAGGGCAACUACACAGUGGGACCCAGCCAGCCUCCGGCACCCAGCGCCAGGGCCACCUUCUACCUGGGAGGGCUGCCAGAGACAGACAAGGCCAGCACAGUGUCACCGUUACCUCCCCUCCCUCAUUACGUGGGCUGUAUAAGGAACCUGGUGAUUAACCGGAGCCACGUGGACCUGCAGCGAGCCGGGACUGUCAGGGGCUCCGUUGGCCUUAAGGGUUGCCCCGUGCUAUAA